AUGAAAGGCUCUGAGGUUAGCCCGGAAAAGAAAAAAAGGGUUAAAAUACCAGCGAAGAGACUUCGUGAGGUAGUUUCUCCAAAUCAUGGAGAUAAUUUGGCUUUGCUGAAAGAUGAGUUGCCCUGUGUUCCUCCAGCGUUGCCUGCAAAUAAACGUCUUCCUGUUAGAACGAGGACUAGCUUGAAUGGAACAUCAUGUGGUACAGUCUAUGAACACAAUAACGAAGGAGAAAACUACACAAUGGGACAGAAAGAUGCUGUAAGAACAGUUUUAAAGCAAAAAGCUCAAAGCAUGCCUGUUGUUAAGGAAGUAAAAGUACAUCUUUUAGAAGAUACAGGCACAGAAAAGGAUGCUGUUACUCAGGAGACUAGAACUUCACCCGGUGGAAUUGAUUCAGCGACAACUGUGGCUGCAGCAACUGCUGCUGCCAUUGCAACAGCAGCUCCCCUGAUAAAAGUACAGAGUGAUUUGGAAGCAAAAGUCAAUUCUGUUACAGAAUUACUUAAUAAGUUGCAGGAGACUGAUAAACACUUACAACGUGUUACAGAGCAGCAAACAAGCAUUCAGAAUAAACAUGAGAAACUACAUUGUCAUGAUCAUGAAAAACAAAUGAAUGUGUUUAUGGAGCAGCACAUCAGGCAUCUUGAAAAAUUACAGCAACAACAAAUAGAUAUUCAGGUAAUAUUCUCUGAUAACUGCACACCUUUAAGAGAAGUUGAAGAUACAGGUUUUGAUAAACAAAAAUCUCCUUUGGAGACACCGGCACCUCGCAGGUUUGCUCCCGUACCUGUUUCAUGGGGUGGUGAACUAUCAAAGAGGGAAAAUCCUAUGGAAGAAAAAGAAAAUAUGGAAAUGUCAGGUCACAGAGAGGAAUGGAGUGAGAGAGAGAUGGCCCCUCAGAAGCUGCCUUUCACCAUGGCGAUGGCAUCUCCCGGGGUGACCUCACACCUGGAGAUCCCUCCCUGGAUCGUGCAGAAUCUCCUUCAGUUUUCUCCCGAGGAAGGAGAACACUGCAGAGCUGCGCUGGCAGGCUCCAGCUGUACUGAAACUCUACCUUCUCAAAGAUUUCCUUCCCAUGAAGAGCUAGAAACAGCUAAAGUGACUAUGCAGAAAUCCGAUGAUGUUCUUCAUGAUCUCGGCCAACAGAAGAAAGAAACAAAUGGCAUGGUUCAGCCAAAAGAAUCUCUGAUCAUGUUAAAGCUUGCUUAUUUUCCUCAGAAUUAUGUUAAGCUUCAGACAACUCAUAUGACAAGAUCUGUGUUGAAAGAUGCUGAGAAGAUUUUGAGAAGAGUACAAAACAACAAAAAAGUACUUGAGGAAAACCUGGAAGCUAUUAUCCGUGCAAAGGAUGGAGCUGCAAUGUACUCAUUUAUCAAUGCUUUAUCAACCAGCAGAGAAAUGUCAGAGAAGAUUAGGAUCAGAAAGACAGUAGAUGAGUGGAUCAAAACUAUCUCUGCAGAAAUUCAGGGGCUUUUGAAAGCAACGACGGCGAUACAAGAUGAAGAUUAUAUGUUACAAGUUUAUGGAAAACCAGUUUAUCAGGGUCACCGCAGCACUCUUAAAAAAGGACCAUAUCUCAGAUUUAAUUCUCCAUCUCCUAAAUCCAAACCACUGAGACCAAAAGUAAUAGAACAAGUUAAAGGCACUAAAGUCAAGUCAAUAAGAACACAAACUGACUUUUAUGCCGCAAAACCUGUGAAGGUGGAUUCUAAAAUGAAGCAUUCCAUUACUACACUACCUCAUGGUGAUCAGCAGUAUUUGUUCAGCCCAAGCAGAGAAAUGCCUACUUUCUCAGGUACACUAGAAGGUCAUCUAAUUCCUAUGGCAAUUCUCUUAGGACAAACCCAAAGUAAUAGUGAUUCCAUGCCACCUGCUGGAAUAAUUGUAAACAAACCACACCCUAUAACUGUGACUACUUCUAUUCCUCCAUCAUCUCGAAAAAUAGAAAGUGGAGUAAAGAAACCUAACAUAGCAGUUGUAGAAAUGAAGUCGGAAAAAAAGGAUCCUCCUCAGCUUACUGUGCAGGUAUUGCCCAGUGUAGAUAUUGACAGCAUUUCAAAUGCAAGUGCUGAUGUCGACCCACCUCUGCCUAGUCCCAAAGCAGCAUCUCUUCCUCCUCUGCAAACCUGGAUACAGACUCCAGAAAUUAUGAAGAUACAUGAAGAGGAGGUGAAGUUUCCAGGAACUAACUUUGAUGAAGUAAUUGAUGUCAUACAGGAAGAAGAAAAAUGUGAUGAAAUUCCAGACUCUGAACCAAUCAUGGAGUUUAACAGAGGUGUUAAAGUUGUUUCUACAAAAUAUAAUGGUCCUCCAUUUCCACCAGUUGCUUCUACUUUUGAGCCCACUGCUGAUAUUCUGGAUAAAGUAAUUGAGAGAAAAGAAACAUUGGAAAAUAGCUUAAUUCAGUGGGUAGAACAAGAAAUAAUGUCAAGAAUUAUCUCUGGCUUCUUCCCAGUCCAGCAACAAGCCAUACCUAAUGUCAGUGUUUCAGUCAGUGAGGCCAGUGAACCACUGAAUUCUGAUAUUGUGGAAGGAACAAGCAGUGGUGUCUUCCAGCUUUUUGUUGAUGCUGGGGUUCCUGUGAAUUCAGACAUGAUUAGCCAUUUUGUGAAUGAAGCUCUUGCUGAGACCAUUGCUGUCAUGCUGGGUGACAGAGAAGCAAAGAAGCAAGGUCCUGUUGCUACAAGUGUUGCUGGGGAUGUUUCAGCAAAUGAAACAUACUUGCCGGCGAGAGUGUGUACCCCAGUGGCUACCCCACAGCCUACGCCUCCUCACUCACCUUCAUCACCUCCUAAGGAGCGUGUGCUGGUAAAAACUCCAGAUUCUUCUCCCUGUGAUUCAGAUCAUGAUGUGGCUUUUCCUACAAAAGAAAUAUUUGCUGAAAAAGGAAAUGAUACGCCUGCUAUCACACUUAUUGCUACUCCAGCAGUUACUCCUGCUGCUACACCACCUCCAGCAGCAGCUCUUACUCCAACUUUGUCAGAAAUUUCCAUUGAUAAAUUGAAAGUCUCAAGCCCAGAGCUUCCCAAGCCAUGGGGUGAUGGAGACCUGCCACUGGAAGAAGAGAACCCUAACCUUACUCUUCAAGAAGAACUUCUUCACCCAACAGCUAUUGUAAUGUCUGUGGCUAAGGAUGAAGAACCUAGCAGUGUUCUAGAUUUCCCUGCUCAGCCUGCACCUCCAGAGCCAGUUCCCUUUAUGCCUUUUCCUGCCGGCAACAAGGCCCCUUCCCCACCACAGAUGCCAAAUUAUGAUUCAUCAACACUGGAGAGCACCUUGAGUGUUACUGUCACUGAAACAGAAACUUUAGAUAGACCCAUCUCUGAAGGAGAGAUUUUAUUUAGCUGUGGUCAGAAAUUGGCUCCCAAGACAUUAGCAUUACCACAAUGCUUUGCCGUCAUUGCCAUGCUGUGGCAUUGCUUUGUGCACUACAUAAAUAUGAAUCAGGAAAUCGCGAGAGCCAAAAACUUGGUGACAGAAGAUGAUUCUCCCAGUGAAGGACAAGUGAUUAGGAUGCCCCAUAAAAAAUCUCAUGCAGAUGCAAUUCUUUCUCUUCUUGCUAAACAAAACCAGGAAUCUUUAAUUUUACAGCAAGCAGUCUAUCAUUCAGAGUACACUGUUAGUUCUAAUUCAGCAGAUGGUAUUGAUGAAGAUUCAUGUGUUAGUCAUGGUCCAAUGAGUUUGGGAGAAUUGGAAUUGCAGCCAAAUUCUAACUUUGUUCUUCCCACAACACUUCUGAAAACACAAGAAAAUGAUGUUAAUUUGCCAGUAGCAGCUGAAGAUUUUUCUCAGAUUGUCUUAAGCACUUACCCAGGUGAUAUGGAUCGGACACAAACUGAGCCCAAUCUGUACCUCGCAUCUGUAUUUACAGGUGGUAAAGCAGUACCACUCUUAACUUCGCAGACGGUACCUGCCAAGAUGUCUGUGACGCUGCCCUCAGUGAACCUCGAAGAUUUGUCUCAGUCUCAGAGCAUCAGCACGAUACAGGGGGACAUGGAGUCCUCGGGAACAGAUACCUUCUGAAUGGGAAGUGAGAACCAGCAUGAUGUUUAUGCCACUGGUUUUGAAGUCGUUUUAUUAAUACUUUGGCUUAAAAUCAUCUCCCAGACUAUUGUGGUCUUUAAGCACAUCUGAAAGCCAUCUGAAGCCAUUUCUAAUUUUUUUA